CUUAAACUCCAGCUUUGUUUACCUACCAAGUGGCAGCCCACCUUCCUGCAUUGGUUUGUGACUGGGCGACAGUGACAGCUAUGGUGCUUCUGCAAUUCGUGUGUCUGUGGGUCCUGACUCAGUCUGGAACAAUGUUUGCUGCUGAAGACGGGCCAAAGAUCAUCAGCGUGAUGGAAGGAAGUGAUGUAACGUUACCUUGCUUCCUCAGCACCAACAAGAGCAUUGUGGGACAACGCUUUGAGUGGAGGAAAGAUGGUCAGAAGGACGUGUUCCUGUAUGAGGGUGGCCUUCAUUUCAAUAAUGGUAUAGUAGGUCAAGAUCAGCAGUUCAAAGGUCGUGUCUCACAUUUUGAAGAAGAACUGAGUCACGGAGACGCCUCCAUAACCAUCAGAGAUAUUACGGUGGCGGACAGUGGAAACUACACCUGUCACUUUAUAAGUCUUCAAAGUCAAACCUUUCACAUUGAACUUCUUGUUGUUUCAGCUCCAAUGCCAAUCAUCAGGAUACUUGGUGAAACAAAGAAUGGGGCACUGCUGCAGUGUGCGGUUCUUGGUGCUUUUCCCAGACCUUCUGUACAGUGGAAGGACGGAGCUGGAAACAUCCUUCCUGCUGAAGAAGCACUGGUCUCUGAAAGAGGAGGAAAAUACAACAUUAUCCUCCAAAGUACUGUGAGCAAGACCGACUUCUAUCGCUGUGCAGUCACACAGGAGGAGAUCAGCCAUCAGAUUUAUUUGGAGACAUUUGUACAUGUUUGUGGCUGAUUUGGGUUUGUUCUGAGGCUCAGAGACUCCACUUCAUCCAUCUACAGAGGGAAGAGGAAGAAUGAGAGGAUGUGGAGGGAAACAACAGAAAGAAAUGGAGUUUAGAGUGAACUCUGAGAUCAGUCUGAUCACUCACUGUCUCACACACACACACACACACACACUGCACACACUGCAGGAGAGUGUUGGUUUGGUUGAUUCCAAGCAGAACGUCCUUAAAAUCCAACAUGAGCAUUUGACUUGAAGUAAAAAUGGAAAUGAAAACAACAGUGAAACUGUCCAUGUUCUGAUAUCUGAAUCUGCUCACAAAUCCUCCUCCUCUGAAGCGGAAAGCAGGAGUUAACAAAUGUUCACCACAGAAUGGGAAAAUAAAUCCUGAAACAUUGAACCUUAAUUGACUUUUAUUAAUGAGUUCAAAGUGUAUUUAGCUUGAAGAGCUGGAGCUUCCUGAGACUCGUGCUGCAUCAUUCAGACUGUGAGCUGACUGACCACCAAGAAGCACGUAAUGAUCUGAAUAUUGCUGGGCAGUCGUCAGUGGCGGAAGAAGAACUCACAUCCUUUACUAAAGUACUAAAAGUACUAAUACAACAGUGUAAAAAUACUCAGUUACAUAUAAAAGUCCUGCUUUCAAAAUUCAGUCAAAGAAAAGAAUUACCAGCAAAAUGUAGCUGAAGUGUCAAAAGUUUACUAUUUUAUAAACUAUAGCAUCAAGUCAAUUAAACGUCUGGGAUACUAAUCUGGUCCGUUAACUAGCAGAGGGGGUUGUUAUUCAGUUUCAGCUGCUUUGGUGUUAAUGAAAUUAACAACAGGUGCACUAAAGGGGCAACAAUGAGACAACCCCCAAAACAGGAAUGGGUUUACAGGUGGAGGCCACUGACAUUUUGUCCCUCCUCAUCUUUUCUGACUGUUUUUCACUAGCUUUGCAUUUGGCCAUUGUCAGUGUCACUGCUGCUAGCAUGAGGUGAUACCUGGACCCUACAGAGGUUGUACAGACAGUCCAACCCCUCCAGGAUGGCACAUCAAUACCUGCCAUUGCCAGAAGGUUUGCUGUGUCUCCCAGCACAGUCUCAAAGGCAUAGAGGAAAUUCCAGGAGACAGGCAGUUACUCUAGAAGAGCUGGACAGGGCCGUAGAAGAUCCUUAACCCCUCAGCAGGACCUGCUCCUCUGUGCAAGUAGGAACAGGAUGAGAACUGCCAGAGCCGUACAAAAUGACCUCCAGCAGGCCACUGGUGUGAAUGUCUCUGACCAAACAAUCAGAAACAGACCUCAUGAGGGUAGCUUGAGGGCCCGACAUCCUCUAGUGGCCCCUGUGCUCACUGCCCAGCACCGUGGAGCUUGAUUGGCUUUUGCUAUAGAACACCAGAAUCAGCAGGUCCCCCACUGGCG